UUGUAAAUCCGGAGCGUGCAUAUAGAUAUUCGGAUCGGGUAGAUCCGCUCGGAGUGGAUACAUAUUGGGAAACUCGAACACUUCGCCGUCGCGCCGGAGAAGCGACACGGCCGGCAGAACUCGGAACCGCCGGUGGGCAAGAGACGAUAACCAAUUCCGGUACCAGAAGUUCUAUAUUGUGAUCUCAAGGUUGCGGCGGUGGAGAGCCAUUUCAAUGGAGCAGGCAGAUGAUCACUGUUUAUCUAAGCUUCAACUCACACAGCCUUCCAAUGCUCGUCCUUCAGUGCUCCGUCUCCGUGAAAUACUUGCGGCUUGCUCCAAGUCGAUUGAGAAUGGAGACACCCAUCAAUCUGAAGCCUUGGAAUCUGAGCUGGUGAAUUGCCUUGAUUCUAUUUCAGAGGCUGCUGAAACAGAAUUGGAUAAUGGAGAUAUAGAGAGCGAGGCCGUUGAAGUCCUCAAUGAGAUCUAUCAAUUUAUAUCUUCUCCUUCAUUAGAUCAGGGAACUCUUGACACUCUUUCAUUUGAUCUUCCAAAGGCAGUUUCCAAGUUUGUAAGAGUAGGCAGAUGUUUGGACAUUGUCGAUAAUAUUAUUGAUAGGUUCGUUACUACUUGCAGUCCACGGGAUAUGCUGUCGAUUCUUUGUGAGGCAUUAGAUUUCCAGAUGACCAAGGCAACCAAUUACAUUGCCCCUUUUCUGAGUGGGCUCUCAAGAGUGAUUCGUUCCAUUCAGAAGCGUCAUUUUGAGCAAAUAAAAGUAGUAGUUCCUGUUGUCCUCAAUGCACUUAAAGCCGUGGAUUUUGAAACAAAUGAUGGGGACGUGAAAUGUGACACUUUGCAUGGCCAAGCGAUGGACAUUGCCAGUUCCAUACAGUCAGUUUGUGCAAAGUUGGAUGGUAAAGUAAAUGAAAAGCUCCGAUCUCUGCUUGGUCUUUAUGUGUUGCAAAUCAUGGCUCUCUUUUCAGUCAGCAUGAGUUAUAAAGUUUCUAGCUGUAUUCCUUUUGUCUCAAAAUUGUCACGCUUUUUACCGUUCUGUGGGUUGUCGUAUGCUGGUCUAAUCACUGGAUCUGAUAUUGACGCAAUUUCUGACAACAUUAUUAGAGAGGAUGAAGAUGAUUAUAUUGCUUGUUUUUCCUACAUCAAGCCCGGUGCAUGUCUUUCAGUUAUUUGGGGAGAUAUUUCUGAAGAGGUUGCACAGGCUGCAGAAGAAAAGAUGAGUGUUCUUAAAGAUGAACUGGCAACCAAACAAACUGAAAGAUGGCAAGCUAUAGGCAUGUUCAGGCACAUACUGUCUUUUGCUGGUCUGUCUUGGAAAUUAAAGAAACAUGCUAUUGACUUCUUGCUUUGCAUUAAUGGCUCUGAAAGCUUAGAUGGCGAACAAAGUGACUAUAUAUCAUAUAUGCCUAGUUUAUUUGCUGCUCUGCAGGCUGUUCAGAUGAUUAUAAUUUAUGCACAAGAUACAACUCCAAGGAAGAAUGCGUUUAGUUUAUUAAAAAAGUUACUUGCUGAUAUUCCUUAUUCCGAAAGGUUCGACAUGUUAAGAGCUCUGAUUGUGAAUAGUGACUCUCCCUCCAUGAUUGCCCUUCUUUUAGAUCUUGUCAAAGGAGAAAUGUAUGCGGAGAUUUGCCGAAAAAAAGUUGGAACUGACGUUCAGCAAAUCGAUGCAGAAGCACAUCCAAAACCAUCAUUCUGGACUGCAAGUAUCUUAGAAUUGGUGGAGCUGGUUUUGAGACCUCCAAAAGGGGGCCCUCCAGUGCUUCCAGAGCAGAGUGAUGCGGUUCUUUCAGCCCUCAAUCUAUACAGAUAUGUGCUGAUAACAGAGGCGACAGGAAACACAAACUAUACUGGGGUGUUAUCAAAGAGCAAUUUGCAGAAGUCCUAUAACGAAUGGCUUCUACCUCUCCGAACGCUUGUGACAGGCAUAGUGUCGGAGAACAAGACAGAUUACGAUCAACUCGCAGUGGACAUGGAGUGUGCCUUGAACCCAGUAGAGCUCGUUUUAUAUCGCUGCAUCGAGCUUGUUGAAGAGAAGAUGAGAGGAAUCUUUACAACUGCUCGAGACAUGGUAGGCAAAAGUCUUAAUUCUACAUAAAAUACUUCACAAUGAAAACGCCAAAAGUCUUCAUGUCUACCUAAGAUUCUUCCAUAUUUUGAGUCAAAGUGAAAACAGGUGGUAGUCUCUUGGAAAGUCCAUUUCCCAGUUUUGAAAUGUUGUACAUUUUUUCAACCUUCCCCCCACUUUCUUGACCUGGUUUUACGCCAGAAACUAAGUCUGAGGAUGCUUUGCUGUGAAGAAUAUAUUGGGUUUAGUGAUAAUUUUAUAUGAUAUCCAAACAAUAAAGAUUCUAAAUUCAAAUCAUUGUAAUAUAUAAUCUCGAAUCAUACAAUUCUCUUAUUUUCAUUUA